UCAUAGCUGGUCAACCUUCUUCAGAUUUCCCGUUCUGUUCUGACAACUAUUGACCAGUUUCCUUCCUCAGGAUGUGGCAGGGUAUGGCUCCUUGAUAUCAUUGGCUUCUUACGACUUUUGCUUGUAAAUCGAAGUGAGCUGGAGUUACCCAAGGACCGAAUAGGUGUUGAGGCACAAAAACAAUGGAAUUAUUUGGUUUCUCUGUUAGAGUGAGUCUUUUCAUUGCCUUGUUUUUUCCAGGGGAUGCUGUACUACGGAACUGUAUUUGUAAUAAUAUGGUUUGUAAAGCUGCUUUUAAGUUCUCUUCAAAUUUCCAGACCGCUAAGCACCUCUGCCAUGACAUGAGAGGCCAAUUAAUGGCAGUGCCAUCGAAAGCUGCGAGUAAUCAUCUAAGAGACUUGCUCGGGGAUUUGCACGGGGAUUUCUGGGUUGGUCUGCGUCUUCCCGACGGCCAGUGUACAAAUGUUACGUCGCCCUUAAAAGGGUAUAUGUGGACUUCUGACUUGCACACCACGGAGUUUAGUAACUGGAGAAGCGAUGAGACUGUUUGCUCCUCAAGAUGUGUGGCGGUCUCUACUGACCUAAAAUGGACUGAGAAAUUAUGUCAGCACCAAAGCGAAGGGUUUUUGUGUGAAAAUGUUCCGGAAGACGAUUGCUCUAGCUUUACAUUAGAGACCCCGGUGUACAGUAUCGUCUACCAUCACCCUAUGGGCUGUUUAUCAGGCAACUGUGAACACCUUUGCCAUGUGGAAAAUGAUGAGUCUUUUAGGUGUUCUUGUUUUCCGGACUAUGUAAUCAACAAGCAAGACCAAUAUAAAUGUGACGAUAACAGGUGUACUUCAGAACGCUGCAUUGCCAAGUGUGAUCGCAACAGCUGUAUGUGCGACAAGGGUUACAUAUUGGACGUCGUAAAUGCAGAAAUGCAUUGUGAGGAUUUAAACGAAUGUGAGCAUGGCUACUACUGUGAUCGUGAUCAUUAUUGUUUUAACUCACUCGGCAGUUACGAGUGUUCGUGCAGAAAUGGUUUCACACUUGUGGGAGAGGAUAAAUGUGUAGAAACUAAGUCUGAUGAGAGUUUUACUAAGUCUGAUGAGAGUUUUAACCAGGCAACUAAUGACAUAUUUCCCAUGCCUUCUCUGAAUUACACAACGGCACCCGUAUCUGCAGGCGCUCCGGGCACGGUCAUUGGUGUUGCAGUUUUCGUCCUAGUUGGGACUGUUGCAGUAAUAUUUUUUGUUCGUUACUGGAAACAAAAAAUGAGCGUGCCGAACACCAGUUUAACUUCCAAUGGAGAUUGUAUGCAAGUUAAUGUGGUAAAAUUGUAAAGCUUUGUAAAAUACUGACACGGGACAUGGGCAUCGCCAUAGGGCACCCAUAAACUCGUUAAUAAUGGAGAAAACAUUUACGAGAGUUUUACAGGCAGAAAUCAAAUUUAGGUGAACAAAACACUGUUUGAAUAUCAGAAAACUCAACAACAGCCUUUGUUUGAUAAACUGAACUUUAGAUGGGCCUAUAAAGAUUGCCUGGAGCCUGUCUGGAGUUAUUAAAGUUGAGUUUAUACCA